CUGCGAGGAGCCCAACUCCCUUCCCCCAGUGAGCUUCACCCUCACUCUCCCCGGGUCAGCGGGAUGAAACAGGUGUGCUGCCUGGCACGCAGCGACUGCUCCCUGAGGGCUGCUGUCACCCUCCCGGGAAAGUCACCUGCAGUGCCUGGCCAUUACAUACUCAGCCUCUCGAAACCCACAGCAUUUGGAGUGACUGUCCAGGCUCCCAGGCAGGCAGGGCAGCGGGAACCCAGGCAGGCGCCGCCAGUAGAGCGUGACCCCACGUGGGGUCCUGCCACAGCCCUCCUGGCUCUGUGACGCGGCGGCGCUGCGGGGGGCCCCGGGGGAGGCACCCAGCCAGUCUGCGCCUCGCCAGCCGCCAGGACGAUGGCAGCGCUGCGGCUCCUGGCGGCGGCCCUGGGCAGCCGCGUCCCCGCCGGGAUCUCCGGGCCGGCGUGGUCCCUGGGCUGCGCGCGCCGCUUCGCCACCAGUUCCCCCGCGCGCGUCCAGUUCUGCACCGACCCCGGGGAGGCGCUGAAGGGCGUCUCGGAUGAGGCCACCGUCAUGAUCGGGGGCUUCGGGCUCUGCGGGAUUCCGGAGAACCUGAUCGCCGCUCUGCGGGACACGGGCGUGAAGAACCUGACCGUGAUCAGCACCAACGCGGGCGUGGACGACUUCGGCCUCGGUGUCCUGCUGACCUCCAAGCAGGUGCGCCGCGUGGUCUGCUCCUACCUGGGCGAGAGCGCGGUGUGCGAGCAGCAGUACCUGGCGGGCGAGCUGGAGCUGGAGAUGACCCCGCAGGGCACCCUGGCGGAGCGCAUCCGCGCGGGCGGCGCCGGGGUGCCCGCCUUCUACACGCCCACGGGCUACGGCACCCUGGUGCAGGAGGGCGGCUCCCCCAUCGCCUAUUACCCCGACGGCCACCCGGCUAUCAUGAGCCAGCCCCGGGAGGUGCGGGAGUUCGGCGGGCAGCACUACCUGCUGGAGCACGCCAUCCGCGCCGACUUCGCCCUGGUCAAGGGCUGGAGAGCCGACCGCGCAGGCAACGUGGUCUUCCGCGGGAGCGCCAGGAACUUCAACGUGCCCAUGUGCAAGGCGGCCGACGUCACGGUGGUGGAGGUGGAAGAAAUCGUGGAUGUGGGCACUUUCGCCCCUGAAGACAUCCACGUGCCCAACAUUUAUGUCAAUCGCGUGAUAAAGGGGGCCAAAUACGAGAAAAGAAUCGAACGUUUAACCACGCGGACUGCGGAAAGCACGCAGGGCAGGGACGCAGGCGACAUCAGGACUCGGAUCAUCAAGCGGGCAGCGCUGGAAUUUGAGGACGGCAUGUAUGCCAAUCUGGGCAUAGGGAUCCCUCUCCUGGCCAGCAACUACAUCAGCCCCAACAUGAUGGUUCAUCUGCACAGUGAGAACGGGAUCCUGGGCUUGGGCCCGUUUCCCUUAAAAGAGGAGGUGGAUGCGGACGUCAUCAAUGCAGGCAAGCAGACAGUCACCGUGAUCCCCGGGGGCUCGUUCUUUGCCAGCGAUGACUCCUUCGCCAUGAUUCGCGGGGGACACCUCCAGCUGACCAUGCUGGGAGCCAUGCAGGUUUCCAAAUACGGAGACCUGGCCAACUGGAUGAUCCCGGGAAAGAAGGUGAAAGGGAUGGGCGGAGCUAUGGAUUUGGUGUCUAGUGCCAAAACCAGAGUGGUGGUCACUAUGGAGCACUGCACGAAGGCAAAGACCCCCAAGAUCUUGGAUAAAUGCACCAUGCCGCUGACCGGGAAGCGCUGCGUGGACCGUAUCAUCACGGAGAAGGCCGUGUUCGAUGUGCAUCCGAACAGAGGGCUGACGCUGGUGGAGCUCUGGGAGGGCUCCACGGUGGACGAGGUCAAGACCAGCACGGGCUGUGCCUUUGCCGUGUCCCCGAACCUCGGGCCCAUGCAGCAGGUGACGCCGUGAAGGAGCAGCAGCUCGGCCAGGCUGCGUGCUUCCUGGGCGUCUCCUGGGGCUUGCUGGGAGGGAGUGGUCACCGGCAGGGGGCGCUGUCAGGCGCCCCUGUUGUUCUCUGAGGCUUUCUACUGCUAGAUACCCUAUCAGAGCCAGGGAAAUUUAAUUAAAAACCAAAAGGGACGCCGAGCCCA